ACUGCAAGUCUUUUUCUUUUUUAACGGAUUGGUCUUUUGCAAGAAAUAGACAAAAUAUCAGUGUGAAUUACAGCAAAUCCCUGCUACGUGCUGUUAUGGGUGAAACUCUGGGAGAUUCUCUUAUUGACCCAGAAAGCGAUUCCUUUGCUGAUACACUGUCUGCAGGCACUUCACAAGAAGUUACCAUGGUUGACACAGAGAUGCCAUUUUGGCCCACCAACUUUGGAAUCAGUUCUGUGGAUCUCUCCGUAAUGGACGACCACUCUCAUUCUUUUGACAUCAAGCCCUUCACCACUGUGGAUUUCUCCAGCAUUUCUGCUCCACACUACGAAGACCUUCCAUUCGCAAGAGCAGACCCAAUGGUUGCGGAUUAUAAAUAUGACCUGAAGCUCCAAGAGCACCAAGGUGCAAUCAAAGUGGAGCCUGCAUCCCCACCUUACUAUUCUGAAAAGACUCAACUGUACAGUAAGCCUCAUGACGAGCCUUCCAACUCCCUCAUGGCAAUUGAGUGCCGUGUCUGUGGCGAUAAGGCUUCUGGGUUUCACUAUGGAGUUCAUGCUUGUGAAGGAUGCAAGGGGUUUUUCCGGAGGACAAUCAGAUUGAAGCUCAUUUAUGAUCGGUGUGACCUUAACUGUCGUAUCCACAAAAAAAGUAGAAAUAAAUGUCAGUACUGUCGGUUUCAGAAAUGCCUUGCUGUGGGGAUGUCUCAUAAUGCCAUCAGGUUUGGGCGGAUGCCACAGGCCGAGAAAGAGAAGCUGUUGGCAGAGAUCUCCAGUGAUAUCGACCAGCUGAAUCCAGAGUCGGCUGAUCUCCGGGCCCUGGCAAAACAUCUGUAUGACUCAUACAUAAAGUCCUUCCCGCUGACCAAAGCAAAGGCGAGGGCCAUCUUGACAGGAAAGACAACAGACAAAUCACCAUUUGUUAUCUAUGACAUGAAUUCUUUAAUGAUGGGAGAAGAUAAAAUCAAGUUCAAACACAUCACCCCCUUGCAGGAGCAGAGCAAAGAAGUGGCCAUUCGCAUCUUUCAGGGGUGUCAGUUCCGCUCAGUGGAAGCUGUGCAGGAGAUCACAGAGUAUGCCAAAAGUAUCCCUGGCUUUGUAAACCUUGACUUGAAUGACCAAGUAACUCUCCUAAAAUAUGGCGUCCAUGAGAUCAUUUACACGAUGCUGGCCUCCUUGAUGAAUAAAGAUGGGGUUCUCAUAUCAGAGGGCCAAGGAUUCAUGACAAGGGAGUUUCUAAAGAGCCUGAGAAAACCCUUUGGUGACUUUAUGGAGCCCAAGUUUGAGUUUGCUGUGAAGUUCAAUGCACUGGAAUUAGAUGACAGUGACUUGGCAAUAUUUAUAGCCGUCAUUAUUCUCAGUGGAGACCGCCCAGGUUUGCUGAAUGUGAAGCCCAUUGAGGACAUACAGGAUAACCUGCUGCAAGCCUUGGAGCUCCAGCUCAAGCUGAACCACCCCGAGUCCUCCCAGCUCUUUGCCAAGCUGCUGCAGAAAAUGACAGACCUCAGACAGAUUGUAACAGAACACGUGCAGCUAUUGCAAGUAAUAAAGAAAACAGAGACAGACAUGAGUCUCCACCCGCUCCUACAAGAAAUUUACAAGGACUUGUAUUAGCAGAGAAGUCCAAAUUCACUGACCAUGUUUUCCUUCUUCCAGUUGCACUAUUAUUUUGAGGGAAAAUCUGACACCUAAAAAAUUUACUGUGAAAAAGCAUUUUAAAAAGAAAAAGUUUUAGAAUAAUAGAUCUAUUUUAUGCAUAUUGUUUAUAAAGAUACAUUUACAAUUUACUUUUAAUAUUAAAAAUUACCACAUUAUGACAUUGGUUAUAUUUGAAGACAGAGUCUUAUGUGUUCCCUCUCCUCCCCCCACACCAGGCUUAUUCCCUUUUAUUUCCUUCCCGUUCCUUCCUUCCUUCCAUCCCUUCCAUCCCUCUUCUUUCAUACUCAUUUGUCAAAAUGGAAAUGGAACUGCAAAUUGACUUUCAUUCUCAGUAAAUCAAUUUUUCCUUCAAUUCAUAACUUUUCUGAACCCUCCAUCUGCCUUAACAACCACAAGUAAGAAAGGACGGGAAACCUCAGGACCAAAAACUUCCCAGAGCCUUGUUUCUUACCCUGCAUGUGCAGGUCUGGGGCCUGUCCCUCAGGCCUACCGAGAAUCCGUCUUCUUCCACAACCCCAACCAAGAUGUUCACUCACCAUGAGCAGCCUGCUGGCACGGUGCCAAGGCAUACGCAGUGUACCCAGUGACACAUGCCUACUGCUGGGAGAUAUGGGGACCAGGUGUUUGAAGAUUUGGCAUCUGCUAAGUUCUUUUAAACUUGGAGUUGAAUCAAGAAGAAAUGAUGAAUCUUUUUAAAAAACAUUAUAAUGCUCAGUAUAAUCAUGUACCAAUAAAUGGCUCAGACUCUAAGUACUGUGAGAAUUCAAAGGAAGUAAGGAUUGAUAAAGAUUGGAAUAGUUAAGCAUGACUCUAAAUUCAUUGAAGUGGGCCUCAGAGCAUGUGUUGGAUUUGGGAUAGGUAGAGAGUAGGAGAGAAGACAUUCCAGGAAAGAAAACAGCAGGAAAACAACAACAAGAGGAACCAAAGCCAACCACGAAUGAGGGAGAAGAGCCGCGCACUGGUUCCAAUGUGCACAGACCAGCUUUGCUCUACUUACUCCUACUGCCCUCCUUGGGACCACGGUGCCCAGAAAUGUUACUCUUCUAACCUCAAAGUCUAAUUAUCUGUAUCAUUUAGGUGAUGCAGGCCUCCCCAGCAUGCAGAUUAUAUGUUCCCUAAGGGACCUUCUUGGUACACUGAUAGAUUCAUUGAUUGAAGCCCCAAAUUCCAUGACUUUGAAUAAAUACAGUGACUUUGAA